AUGAAAUCCCAAAAACAACGCUUUGAAGAAGCAUUUCUCAAGCUACAAAGCGAAGUACAGGGACGAACAAAAAAAACUUUAAAUCAGAGAGUCACUAUUUCUAAACUUUUAGGUAUAAAUCGAGGUCCAUUAGACUUAAAACCACCUACAGCACCAGAAGGAUAUGGGUACAAUCCUCGAAGGAAGGAUACAAAUACAAUUCAAUCACUUCGAAACUCAUUAAUUAAAAUACACACGCCAGAUCCAAGAACAAUGAAAUUAUCACCACGAAAUUCACCAAGAUAUCGAUCUACAGAGAUUCAGCCGAUGCCAAAUUUACCAUUAGACACAAAUGAAAAUGCGCCUUUGCCUUGGAACUCUCGAACAAUAUUAAAUUAUACACAAUUUGAGGAGAGUUUACUAAACGCUACUAACAGAAUGCACAAACUUGUUGCGCCUCUCAAAUUUGAUGAAAACGAAGAAGCAAAACACUUAUUUCCUCUUGAUUAUUUUGACUGUGAGUAUGGUAUGUCAGAAUCAGAAUGGGAGCUUAGAACGCAUGGUUCUCCAGCUGUUGGCAGUGCCUGCAUUAUGGGAAAUGCAAAUAAAUACGAAUGGCAUCUUUGCCGGAUAAAUUCCUUUGAUAAUGAGCAAUUUCUCUAUGAGAUCGAGACAUUUGAUGAAAAACCACUUAUAAGAAACUUGUCUCGCUUUCAAAUACGCUUUAUUGAUGAAAGUCCAGAAGUUUUACAAUAUCGAGAAAAAUUAACAAUUAAAAGUCGCGAGGACUUCGAAAAAUUGAUGAUUACGGACUGCUUCCUUGACUCUAUACCUGAUCCACCUGAUCUUUUGGACUUCCUCAAUACAUCUUUCAAAAAUACUUUGACAGAUGAAGCAAAAAGUGAAAUAGGAAGAGUUCAGAAGAUGUUAAUAUUUAGAGGACAAGCCAAACUUCAUCAACAAGACGAUUUAUUGGAACUUAUCAAUAAAAUUGGAGGAGAUAUAAAUUGUUAUUCUCCAACAAAGCUGGAAGAUCCAUUUAUAUUAGACACAUCGUAUUCUAAGUCUCUCAAAUCUAUUAAUAGCUCAGUAAAUUUAGUUUCCAGCCAAAAUUAUUAUCAAAUCUGCCAAAAAGUUUAUUCUUUAAUCUAUGUAAUGCAAAACCAGCUGAUGGAUUAUGUUAUAAAGUUCUUUGAGAACAAACAAUACGAUAUGACAGAAUGGAGAGAAAAUAUUGGAACAUACAAGAAUGAAAUCAGGCAAAAACUUGAUAAUUUGAUAGAUACUAUUGCAAGUACAAUUAAUAGAUUAUGUGGAGAUGAAUUGGAAACUUUUGACAACGAAAAAUUUCAAAAUCUUCCAAAAAAUCAUCCGCCUCUUCAAUUCUUUAACACAGCAGAUAACACACACUUCUACAAAUUCAAGAUCUACCUCAAAAUCCUCAUGAGUUGCUUUGCUCGUGACUUAAUUGAAUUUAAUUUGAAUUUUUAUCGAGAACUUAUCAAUUACCAGAUAAAUUAUACACAGCCACAUGAAAUAACAAUCGAUGGCUUCACAACAAUCGAUCAAUCUGUAUCAGACAAAUCAAUUUCCACUAAAAAACCGUUUUUGAACAUUGAAUUACACACAAAGAGAGAUGACAUCAAAAUCCUGAUCAUGGAUUAUUUCAAAGUGUUAGAUGAAGAGCUCAAAAACCUUGUCAAUCCUCUCAGAAUGAUUUUUGAUCGUACAAAUGUCGAAAUUGCGAGAUCUUUGUCAACAUCGAAGUACGAAGGCUUCUGUAUUGACUUUGAGCUUACAUCGUUCAUUCCACCAAUGAACAACUUCAAACAAGAAGAAGUUUGUCCAAUAAUUGAGAAAACAACUGAAAUUUUUUUGACAAUUUUAUCGUCCGAAAUUCAAAAAAUUUACAAUUGUUUUCCAACAUUAUUGGCGUAUGCAGAUCGAGCUGUAUCUUAUUUCACUAACUUAACAAUUGUUCCUGUAGAAGAAACCUACGAUUAUCUCCAAAAAAUACAAAAAGACAAAGACACUUUUUUGAUGAAUUAUCCCAGUGAAGUUUGGCUUGGCUUUUCUCGAUUAAUUUUCACAACAUUGAGGACAAAAAUCAUUGACUCUGUUAAUUACAACAGAGAGACUGUUCUUAGUAAAAUACAGCAUGAAUACGAAGACAGACUUGAGAAAUUGCAUCAAGAUUAUACAGAUUUAACAAAUGAUUUGAAGAGAAAACCAAGUUUGGCAAAAGAAUGGGCUAUGUUGAAAACCACUGUUUUUGGGACAAUUAAAGUCCGACAGAAACUCGAAGAAGAAGCCAAACAUAUUAAUGAACUUGGUGAUUUAUUGUUUAGUUUGUCUUAUGGACAUUAUUACAGAGAUCUUUCGAAAGAAAUGAAUAUGAUGAUGUGGCCAAUUUUGACAGAUAUCGAAUUAGGAAAAGCCUUGUCAUUGUUAUUAGAAACAAGAGAAGAAUACCUAAAUAACAAUGAACAACAGAUCAAACAACACAAAGAAGAUAUAAAUACAAGAUUGGAAAUCAUCAAAAAUACUCAAGAUACAAAUAUUCAACAGCAAAAUCGUGAAUUUGUAAGACAUUUGAAUGAAAAAUUGGUGCAAUUAGAACAAUUACAUGAAGAAUUCAUGGAAUAUGAUUUCACGAAAUUCGCUUCUCCAAGAGUUAUACUUUGGUCAAUUGUAAAAACUUCACAAGAUCAAAUUGAAAAAUGGCAAAAAUCAGUAAUUAUAACUAUUGAUUUUAAUGAAGCGAAAUUGACAUGUGAUAAAUGGUUGAAACAACUGAGAUCGUUAACAGCAUCAUUUAAGAAAGAUAAGAAUUCGUUGAGGUUGUUGAUUUCUACUAAAAAUGAUAUAGAAAAUAUUAUUCCUAUCUUCAAAGCUUGUACUCAAUCAUUGACACCAAAACUUUUACAAAAUCACAGAGAUGACAUUGUAAAUAUAAUUGGUGACAAAGAUUUCGAGUCAAAGACAAUGGGUUAUCUUAUUUCCAUCAAAAUAUCUGAGAAAUUGGAAGAUAUUGAUAAACUCUACAAACAAGCUAAACUUGAAGAUAAAGCAGAUUUCGAGAUCAUCAAUGCUCAAACUUACAUCAAAACAUGUCAAGUUGAAUUCAAGAAAGAUGAAAUUGUUAAUAUCUCUAAUAUUUUGUCUGAUUGCAGAUCAACAAAUAAUGAAAUGAUGAUGAUUUCUGCUACAGAAAACAUUGAAGAGAAGAAGAGAAAGAAGGCGUUAAGUAUCAUUGAACAAAUCACUCAUAUAACAAUGACUGUUGAAUUCAUUUCUUCUAUACAAAUUUUAUUGAAACAACUGAAACCAGUGCAAAAUGUUUCUGGAGUUGAAGUUGAUGUCACUGAUUUCAACAAAGCAGCAAGUUCUUUUUCAGAAAUCAUUAAAGAACUCAAACAAAAUCCUUUGAUUUUACAAUAUUCUGAAAAAGAAAUGAGUUUGCAUAAUUUAAGACAAAUUAAAAAUCUGUUGAAAUCAGUUCAAGAAGCGUUUAUCAGUGCUUUAACAAAGUUCAGAGAGAAAAUACCAAGAUUACUGUUAGUUCCUGACUCAAAGAUUAUCCAUGUUUUCUCUGAUGAUUUGCAAACAAAAGUUGAUAUAAUUCCAACAAUUUUUCCAGGAAUUUCAGAAGUUUUUUGUGAUAAAAACAAAAUUGUCAAAUUUAAAUUGGAUUUUGAAGAUGAAAUCGUUCUUUUAAACGGUGUUAGUACUAAAGGAGAUAUCAUAUCAAUCAUUCCUAAACUAGAACAAGAGAUAUCUUCAUCAUUAAAGUCUUUGUUCAUGAAAUAUUACAAAGAAAACAUUGAUCCAUCAAAAAUUCCUGUUCAAUUGUUGAUAUUAAGACAAUUAAUGGAUCCUUUCUAUGAUAUCAACACAAGUAACAUGUGUUUCGAGAAGAGAAGGACAUUAGAAGUUCUUAAAGAGAGUUUAUCAAGUGAAAAUGCAAUUUAUCCUUCUGCAAAAAUUGACGAAAGCGAAAAAGUUUUCACUUGUUUCGGUGACAGAUCAUUAGAAUACAAAUUCCAAAUUACUAAAGCGAAUUCCAUCAUUUUCACGAAGAUAUCAUUAGCUAUAAUAGCUGAUUUGAUAUCAAACAAGUCAAAUGAACCUCUUUUAAUCGCUUCUGAAAUGUAUUCAACAUCAUCUUUGAUCUGCCAACAAUUAUCAUAUAUUUGUGGAAGAUUUUGUUUGAUAAUUCACGCGACAAUGACAACAACUAUUGAAAGAUUAAGUUCUAUUAUACAAAUGCUUAAUUCUAUUGAUAUUUGGACAUGUUUCACUGAUACGGAAUUACUUACAAAUGAACAGAUGUUUGAGCUCGCGAUGUUAGUUAAACAACCUUUCUUCUUGACUGUAACAACACGAGACAUUUUACCAAUUUUAAGUGUCGGAAAAGUUUUGUUUACUAUCUCAAGCGAUGCAUUUAAACAACAUGUUCUAAUGGCAGGACAAUCAUUGUAUCCUUAUCAACCUGAAGCAAUUAAUUUCGCUGCAACAACACUUACUAAUUAUAUACAUCCUUAUUCAGUGUUGAAAUACAUUGAAGAACAAUUACAUGCAGAAAAAGUUGCUUUUGAUUUGAAUUUCAUGGCUGCUUUCGCAUCGAUUAUUCCUGAUAAUGUUUAUGAGAUUGUUAAAGAUACAAUCGAUGAAACAAUUGAUAUCGAUGAAAAUGUUUUCAUUCCUGUAAUUAAAUCAUUGAUAUCAACAACAGAUUUCUUGAACGGAGUUCAUAGAAUAAUGUAUACUUUGAAUCAAGGAAAGAAGAUGAUUUUAGUCAAAGGACAACAAUACUCUGGAACAUCAACAUGUAUAAUGGCUGCUGCAAAAGCUUUAGGAUGUAAAUAUACAGCAGUUGCUUUGAGUUCUUCUAAUUGGAUAAAGACAAUAAAUGAAACAUUUACAAGGAUGGAUUCGAAUAAAACAAUUUUCCAUGUAACAACACAAUUUGAUAGAUCAUUCCUUGCUCAUGUUUCUGCAUUGGCUUUCGGUUCAAGUCUCUGUGAAGGACAACAGAAUUUGUUGAGAAUUCCUGAAAACGCAAUUUUGAUUUUUGAAGUGAUGACACCAAUGACGACACCAGAAUUGAUAGCAAUUCCAAUCAUUUCAUUCAAUAUGCCAUUAGUUAAAUCAGGAGAGCUAAUGGCCUAUUGGAUGGCCAAUGCCACUUUCACAUUGGAUUCUGAAAUAGCUGAAUACAUCAAAGAUUUCGUGACGAAUUUGAUUUCAACUAAUUUACAAGUUUCGAUAUUCUUUAACUUGUUUUCAGCUCAUCUAUCGAAAUUACCACCACAAAAACCAAAUGCAAUUAAUAAUUUAAUUGCUUAUUGUGCUUUUUGGUCAAAUACAUUUUCAUUUACACAACAAAACAUGUGGAAUGAAUAUUCCAAUUUCAUCAUUGAGAAAGUUCCAAAUUUAUCUCAUACUACUCCUUUCUUUGACUUGACAGCCUCGAAAUCACAAGACCAAUUUACUUUGGCAAGUGUUUAUAACAACACAAGGAUCUACCAAUUCGAUAAUAGUUUACAUACUCAAUACAACAGAGAUGUAAAUGGUCCAAUUUCUUUAACAAAUAUUCCAACACCGCAAUUCAUUCACGGAAUCGAAAUUAUUCCUAAAAUAAUCGAAUCCGGGUUGCAUGUUGCAGUUAUUGGACCUCCUUCAUCAGGAAAAACUACUAUUGUUGAUUACGUUGAGUCACAAUUCUUUUUACGACCGAAAUAUCAAGUUGUAAGAAUUGAUGGCUACAACACAACUCCUGAACAAUUUUUACAAUGUUUAAUGAUGUUUUGCAACACUUCCGUUGAUGGUGUUGUUGAACCAAAAGUUGCUUCAAACAUCAUUGUUGUUGUUGAUCCAAUGAAAAACGAUGGAGAGAUGUAUGGAACAAUUGUUUCAAUGAUCAAAACUGGUUGUGCAAUUAUUAGUAAUGAGGUUAUUUCUUUUUCAAAGAUUUACUUCAUUAUUGUCAUGGAAGAAGCUUCUUAUCCUAUUUUAACAUGUUGUUUCCCAUUUAGAAUCCAACCAUAUGAUGAUGAAUGUCUUAAAUUCAUCGCUUACGAGACAAUGAUGAGAAUCAUGGUUUCAAACAAUGUUCCUCAAGCUUAUCUACAACAAACAAUGCAAACAAUGUCAAGAGGUGUUGUUGAAUUACUUUACACAGUGAAAAAAGUUGGUCCUGAAUUCUUAAGAACAUUUUUCACAGUGAUAAGAUCUGUAGAAAUGUUAGAUUUCAACAGAAACACGAAUAUCUCUGACUUUUGGUUCCAAAGAUUGUUGGAUAUUGCUCCACAUGCUGAAAUGAGAGUUCCUUCGAAGAACUUUGUUUAUGACUUGAUAAAUGUUCAACAAACUGGUCAGAAAACAUUUAGAUAUGUUUCUAAUACUUUACAAGACCAAUUUGAGCGAUCAUUAGUUCCAGCGAUUUGUAUUUUCGCUCAUAAAUUAACAACUUCUCCUGUAAUGUAUAACUAUUGUGAGUUCUUGUUGAAUACUUUCUUCAUGCCAAGAACAAAUGCAAUUGUUGUUAAUGAUUUGAUUGUUGAUUAUGAAACAAUCACAAAAUUCAUGUCUUCUGCUUUAUCCGCUAAGUUUAUUAUAUAUAAUUCUGUUCAGCAAUUACCAUCUUUGUUACAUGAUUCUAUUGUUUCAAGUCAAUUAACUGUUGUUUAUUGUAGAAAACCUGAUCCUGCUUUAAUCAAUUUAUUAAGUAAUGGAUUGAAAUCGAACCAAUUAAAUUACUUGCAAUUGAUUAAAAACAAUGAUCAGUAUAUCCCUGAAAGUGGUAUUGGAAACACUUUCCCUUAUUCUAAUCUCGCAAGACCAAAUGAACCUGAAACUAAAAACAAAAAUGGAACAAGAAUUUCACAAGAUGAUUUCGCUCAUUACAAAUUUAACAUGUUUGUUAAUACUCAUUUUGUGUUCAGUGUUCAGAGUUUGGAAGAAAUUCCUUAUAACUGUAGAAGCCACUUCUCUAUUUGGGAUAAACACAAUACAUUGACAGAAACAACUGACCAAAGAAUCAACAAAUUAUUAAAAGUUGUUUCUGUUCAUAAUAAAAACUCAUUGGUUCCUGUUAUUGCUCAAUUUCCUCGUGUUACACAAUGUUACAAUUAUUUGACGAACAAAUUGAAAUCUUUCAUUGAGCAAAGACAUACUUUCUUGAGCGAAGUAAUGACUGUGAUCGAAUCAAUUGAAAAUGCAUUGAAAGAUUUCGAAGGAAGAAUUCAUGAUUUGACAGAACAAAUAAAACUCGAUCAAACAAUGAAGAAAUCUGCAGAAAACGCUGUGAACAAUGCUCAUCAAGUUGUUGCCAAUUACACAGGAGAACUCGCAAAAGCAGAAAGUGAAUACCAAACAAUUUGCGAGAAUAACAACCAGUUAAUGAGUUACAUGGAAAAAGAUGGAUCAAAAACAAUCGAUGCUUAUAAGAAAGCACAAAGAAAAGCUCAAAAAUCAUUUAAUGCAGAUGAACAAUAUAAACUCUAUAUUCAACAGUAUCCAAGUGAAAACAUACAGAAUUUGUUCGCUGCUUAUUGUACAUUGAUUGGUUUAUCUCCUCGUACAAAUGAUGGUUUCUGGCCUGAAGCAAGAGGAAUUCUAAAAUCUGGAAGAAUUCCAAACGCAAUUUCUAUUUUUAAUCCAAAUGAUAUUCCACGAGAAAACGUCGAAAAAUUCGAUGUCGCGAUGCAGAAAGUUAACGAAUCAUUGUUUCCUACUAACUCUCCUUGCUAUAACUUCGCUUUAUGGCUAAAAGCAAUUCAUAUGCAUACAAAAAGAACAAAUUUCAACUCAAACGUGACACCAAAAAUGUCAGAAAUUUUGUUGCAGAAAAGUCGAAAAGAAGAAGUCAUUGAUAACUUGAAGGAAAGACUAAAUAAAGCUAAAGAUGAUGAAGAAGCAUUACAGAAGUCUCUUAAGGAUUUAACUGAUAAGAUAAACAACGAAGAGAGAUUGUUACAAAACAUAACUUUGUUUGCAAGUAUUGCUAAAAAACUUACAAAAGUUUUCCCUUCAUUGAAGGAUUCUUUGAACAAUUUCAGAGUCGGAGAGAAAGAAACAGGCAAGAACUCAGAGAACUUUGUCCUUAAAGCUGUCUAUGAUUUGAUAAUAAGACCUUUGUUCGAUCCUGUUUCUCUCAAACAAGUUGACAAUGAUUUCGAAGAAAUGAUGACUUCAAACUUUUUCGAUACGAAAUUCUUUGUCGAUGUAAAAACAAUUAUCAACACAACUGAUCCUAUUUGCGCUUCCAUUCUUGCAGGAGAUAGGAUCAUCUCUGUUUACGAUCCAUAUGGAGUUGCAGAACUUGUCAUGGGAUACAAAAAUGGAAAACCAAGUGAAUGUAUUUCGCAUUUAACAAUUUCUUACGCUGAAAGUGGCGAUGAAGACUUGGAGUUUAAGAUAAUGAGAGCUGCAGAAGACGGAUCAAUAAUUGUUAUCAAACAUGCUGAUAGAUUAGUUGAUUCUCAGUUCUUCUGCGCUGUUGCAAACAAAGCCGUAACAUCAGCAAUUUUAGGAGUUCGUUCUGUAACAAUUGAUGAAGACUUUAAAGCAAUUUUGUUGGUUGACAGACCUCCAGAAUGGAUGCCUCCUAUGAUGAGCUUCAUUGCCGAACUGGAAAUGGAGAAAGCACACAUAGAAUCAAUGCUUGCAAAAGAUAAAUCGAUAUUUGAAAUUGCAGAAAAACUCAAAACAGCUGAAAUUUCUGUAAUUCAACAAAGAGAAAAUUUGUUUUUAUCAUUGCAAUCAUUGUUUACUCAGCUCAAAGAGAUACAUUCAACACGUGCGGACUUAUUAAGAGAUCCAGAACUACAAGCCGAGCUACUAACAAACGCAGAAACAGCUGUAAGAGACGCAAAAGUUGUUGGAGAACACGCUUUGGACAGUCAACCUUGGGUACGCGAAAAAUCAGGGAAAAUCGUUGAAUUUUGCGGCCAAUUACAAUCAGCAAUUAAAAUUGCUCCUGUUUAUGUAUUUCCACUCCAUAAGUUCGAUGAGAUUCUUAUGCAUUGGGAUAAAGCAAAUGAUGUCCUUGAGCACUUCAUUUCUUGUGUCGCAUCAACAAUGGCUAAGAAACACAGAAAUAAAUUUGUUGAAAUGAAAACAAUCAAAACUCUUGAGCCAAAAGAUGCUGCACAAUGGUCUUCAGUUGUAUUAGCACAUUGUGAGAACUUAGCUACAUCAGCUAUAUUCUUCACAAGCCUCAAAAUACCAUGCAACAACUAUUUGUUCAUUACAAAAGAAACAGAUGCCAAAAUUGAGUUACAAAAAUUGAAUGAAAUCAUUGAAAAAAGUGAAACAUUUGUUGUGUCUUUGUUCACAGAUAAUGCUGAACAACUAUUAGCUUUGAGUAAAUUCCUUCAAAGCAUCGAUACAAAGAAAUGGAAGGAAGGAACAAAAAUGUAUAUUCAUUCAAAUACAAUGGUCAAGAUCUCACCUCAAAUUGUAGAUUUUGCCACUGUAGUUUCUCUUGAUUAA